AAUUUACAACACAAGUAAACUUAAAGAAGUUUAGUUUUCGUUGGCAGGCAAUGCAAACUUGGAGCUUCCUCACCACUAAGGGAUUAAGGUCAAAAUACGAAAAAAAUAAAUAAAGUUUCGAAUUCCAGGAUAGAAAGAUUGCAAAUGGCUCGACGUGGAGGAAAUGAAUCGUCAUGCUCUACGUGCUUAAAAACAUUCCGCACUAAAGCAAAUUUAACCCGUCACAUGUCAACACAUAACCUCGACGCGAAGGUCAAAUGCGAGAUCUGCGCAAGAAUUUUUAGAAAUCCACGAACCUUAUCCAACCAUAUAAAAAGGCUUCACACCAACCGGGACCGAGCCAUUUGCGACGUCUGUCACCGCGGAUUUUUCAGCCCUGACAAUCUGAGAAGACACAUUAGUGCGGUUCACUGCACGAUUACAAGGCCUCGUUUUCCAUGCGGAUUUCCUGCCUGUGACAAAUCCUACCUUACGAAAGCCGAUGUGUCGAAGCACAUAAAAAUAGAACACGCCGAGAAUCCGGCACGAUUUCCGUGCACACUUUGCGGUAAAGAAUUUAGAAGCAAGCACAACCUUGACGCCCACAUUUCCACCCACACGACGGAGAAGCCGUACAGUUGUUUCACUUGUGGGAGGCAUUUCUCAAAUGCAUACAAAUUAAAAAUACAUGAGGUUACACAUUUGGAACAAUUUGCCCGGAGAAUUUUCAAGUGUGAAAUUUGUGAUCAGACUUUCUUGCUUAAAGGUUAUUUACAAAGGCAUAUCCAAGCUGUGCAUGAAAAUCGGAGGAAUCAUCCUUGCACAUUUUGCGACAAGAGAUUCUCGAGAUCAGACAACUUGCGACGUCACGUUGAAGCGACCCAUACCGGAAAUGAGAAAAUUCAUUCAUGUGACAAAUGCAAUUUUAGGAGCCAUUCGAAAGGAACUUUAGCCCACCACGCGAAGCGUCACAAUCCGGCGAAUCGACGAGAAUGCUACUUCUGCCAGAAGCAGUUUUUCUACUUUUCGAAAUUGGUGACACACUGUCGUCGUCACACUUUGGAACAGUUUAAAUGAUGGAAAUUUGCUGUUGUUCCUGUCGGAUUUUACAGAGGGUGUACCACUUAUUUUGAGAAGAAUUCAGCUAUUUUUCGUACCUACAUAUGAUUUUUUUUGGGUGAUUAACUUGCUCUAUCGGAUGCCCCUUAUUCUGGGCUACAAGUCUGCAGCGCUUAUUCUUCGAUGAAAACACUUCCUUACACAUUUUAAGGCUUAUUUUUAACCACUCGUCCAAAAAACUUUUCCAAAGUCCAUAUAAAGUCGUACCUAAUUUGUACAUUUUCUCCACGACGCGCAGCAGAUUGACCAUCUCCCGUUACGGUCAUCUACCUUGGACAAAGCGUCGUCGAUUGUGACCCCCUAUUCGUCCGCAACUCCAGCAGGGUAGUUCCCUUAGCGCUUUUUAGCGCUAAAACUUGCCAUUAGCCGUGUGACGCUGGUUCAACGCAUGCAGUUUUGUCUUUGUCCGUUUGAUUUUGUCCCAAUCUCUUUUCAUGACCCUUUGAAUAGUUGUGGGAUUCGGGUCUAGUAGUUUCGCCAUACUGCGAAUGCUCUUUGGGAUUUCCUGGUCGAUCAAACGGUUGAGCUUCGUUUUUAGCUUUUUCGGCCGAUUUACUAGGGGGCGGUUUAUAGGGGGAGGAGGGAGUCCCUGAUUAAUGACUCGUCUUCUAACACGUCCUACAUUUAUUAUUCUAUAAAUUGAGGCCAAAGAAAUUUCAUGCCCACGUGAAUUAAGCCUUUUUUAUCACAUUUCCGGUGAAAUUCUGACUGGAAAACUUUUUCAGUGUACCUCAACUUAAAAUGGUCAUGGUGGAGCCAUUUUUCAGAAUUUAGAGUAGAAAAAAAUCAGAGUCUUAUCUAAUUUGUUUGUCUAUCAAACAGUUUAGGCCGGGUUUGCGUAAGUUGUGCCAGUUUUUUCGCGCGAGCGUUUGAAAAUUUCUCAUAUUAAGUUGUAGUAUUGCGCGCAGGUGUUUCCAAAUUUCCCUAAGCAGAUCAUAAUAAAUGAUCAUCCGAUAUUUGUUAAAAGCUUUUGAAAAAUCACAUUAACCACAUGCAUUUCCUGACAAUUUAUGCAGUAAUUUAUGUACCCAACAAAUGCACAUGCAUGUACAUAAAUUGUUAUGGACGAAAUUACAUUUUUCAAAAUUUGUUAUGAAUAAAACGAAGAGGUUAAUUGCUUUAAUUUUUGAAAUAUAAUUUUCCCCCUUCAAUAAUUGGACGUCAUUCAGUCGCGGAACUAUAAAUUUUGGGCGGGAUAUAAUUAACGACCCCCCUAAUGUUAAGGUUUUUGUCCCCUAAAUUGCGGAAAUGAACCCACAUUGAUUUUUGCGCCCACGUAAUUGAUUUUUUACCCCCUAAUAAAAUGACCGGAAAAAGACUGAAAAUCAAGUGCAAUUACAUAUAUUUAGAUCGGACUUGUCAAGGAUACUCAAAGUAAUUUAAAUAUUAAGAAUGAAAAGGUUUUGGAGCACUUUGGUGGGCCCCUGAUUUUUCUGAGUAUGUAUGUAGAAUUUAGUAUAAGGUUUCAUAAGUAAUGAUAUUUUGUAGUUGUAUGAAAAUGCCUUUAUUUCUUUGUAUUGUAAUUGAGUGUCUCAUAACCUCGUGAUUUUGAGUUUUCCGGUUCUCUUGGGCUUGGGCCACUAUUUUUUCUGUUGCUGUGUGAGUGAAUAAUUGUAUGGAUUAUUCUUGGGUUUGAGUUGGUCAUGAGAAGUCAUGUAAAAUUAAUGUUCCAACGAAUUAAUUGAUUCUAAUUAAAUAAAGUGGUUUAGUAAAUGUAAUUGGCUUUACUAGUUCCAGCUUUGAUUUUAAAGUAAAGAAUCGCAAGAAUCAUAAGUCACGAGAAGAGU